CUCGACGACCUCUCUUCGCCUCCCUCUCUCUCCAUCUCCGCUCCUGGAACGGUAUCCUCUGCUCUGUGCCACUCGUCUCCUGUCCGCCGGCUCCUCACACUCCGCCCCGACGCAGAGUGAGUACACGACACAUGGCAGCGCCCUUGACGCGGCUGGUGGCCACGAGCGCCCGACGAGCUGCCUGGACUGCUUCCCACUGCGCGCCACGCUCCACUGUCUCUGGCUCCGUCUCCUCCUCCUCCUCCUCCGCCUCCUUGCGCUGUCUCUCCACGACUCCCGCUCGACGAUAUGCGACGCCCCACGAAGCCGCCAACCCGAAUGCCACUCGUCUUGUGGCUGCCGACCCGGCUUCAUUUGGCGCUGGCCAGGACUUCAAUGUCCCCUCGGACCACACGAAGAGCCCCGAUGAGCGCAAGAUCCGCCACUACACUGUCAACUUUGGCCCCCAACAUCCCGCUGCUCACGGUGUGCUCCGACUGAUCCUCGAGCUCAAUGGAGAAGAAAUCAUUCGCGCGGAUCCUCAUGUGGGAUUACUACAUCGCGGGACGGAGAAGUUGAUUGAAUACAAGACAUAUCUGCAGGCGCUGCCAUACUUUGAUCGUCUGGACUAUGUUUCCAUGAUGACGAACGAGCAGUGCUUUUCGCUGGCGGUGGAGAAGCUGUUGAACAUUGAGAUUCCCGAGAGAGCCAAGUGGAUACGAACAAUGUUUGCCGAGAUUACUCGCAUUCUCAACCACCUCAUGUCGGUUCUCUCACACGCUAUGGAUGUUGGCGCUUUGACGCCUUUCCUGUGGGGUUUCGAGGAGCGUGAGAAGCUGAUGGAAUUUUACGAGCGUGUUUCUGGCGCUCGUCUUCACGCUGCAUAUGUCCGACCGGGCGGUGUUUCCCAGGAUCUCCCCGUGGGACUUCUCGACGACAUUUACCAAUGGGCCACCCAGUUCGGUGACCGCAUCGACGAGACGGAGGAGAUGCUCACAGACAACCGUAUCUGGCUCGGACGAACCAAGGGUGUCGGUGUCGUCAGCGCCAAAGACGCUCUGGACAUGUCCUUCUCCGGCGUGAUGCUACGAGGAUCAGGUGUCCCAUGGGACGUGCGCAAGUCGCAACCAUACGACGCCUACGACCAAGUCGAAUUCGACGUCCCCGUCGGAGUCAACGGAGACUGCUACGAUCGGUAUCUAUGCCGCAUGGAAGAGUUUCGUCAAUCGCUCCGCAUCAUUCACCAAUGUCUGAACAAGAUGCCUGCUGGUCCCAUCAAGGUGGAGGACUACAAGAUUGCACCUCCACCCCGAGCAGCCAUGAAGGAGAACAUGGAAGCACUCAUCCACCACUUCUUGCUCUACAGCAAGGGCUACACUGUUCCACCAGGAGAGACGUACUCUGCCAUUGAGGCACCCAAGGGCGAAAUGGGCGUGUUUGUGGUCAGUGAUGGAAGUGAACGACCAUAUCGGUGCAAGAUUCGCGCGCCUGGGUUCGCACAUUUGGCAUGCUUUGAUCAAGUCAGCAGAGGCCAUUUGCUCGCUGAUGCAGUUGCCAUUAUCGGAACGAUGGAUCUGGUGUUUGGUGAGGUCGAUCGAUAAGGUAGACAGUUCUACAGAUGUGGGGGUCGAUUUUCGAAACUGGCGUGUAACUUGUACAUGUUGUCGAUGGGAAGGAUUGUCAAUGGAAAAUGAAUGGUCACAGCAGUUAUAUUUUCUCAUCCUGCCGCCUCGUGGACUCUUUUGUUGCUGUUAAGCGCAGCCCGUAUGCAUGCCGCGUAUACUGGUACCUAGUCCUGUGUUC